ACAAAAUACCGUCAGCGUUCUCACAUUUACAACAUGGCAGCCUCUCUACUCGUCUGCGUCCUGCUAGCCUUGCUAACGGGCUCUCCCACGGACGCACAGUUGUGCCAGAAGGUGGACGCCUGCUCCUGUAAGCUGGAUAACGGCACGGUGGUGAGCCUGCACAGCCUGGCUAACACGGACGGCGGCUACGCUUUCAAGGCGGCCUGGGAGGGAGACACGUUCUGGUACAACCCGUGCUUUGGGUUUGACCAGGGCAGCGCUUGCCAUGACGUCAGCCUGUGUGUGAACUGGAAAGACGACCCUGCAGACAGAACAGAGCUGCUGGGAACCGUGCAGCCGAGCUUUAUCACGGUUAUCAACAGCACAACUGUAGCCUUCAAGUACGACUCGGGCUUCUCCCAGGACAGCGAGGUUUACGUCACCUGUGACGAGCAAGCCAUAGAGCCGACAUUCCUGUCGCACGGCAAAGACCCUGAUUACUCUAAUAGGUACAUCUUUACCUUGACCUCUGCAGACGCCUGUGCCAGGCAUGCACAGUGUAAACAGGUUGAUCGCUGUACCUGUACGAUGGACGAUGGUUCUGGAAAUCUGAACCUUCACACCUUCAGCCGCCCCGAGAAACCAUGGGAGAUCGCAGUACCUGGUGGUACCGUGUAUUACAAUCCGUGUGUAGGAGUCAGUGCCAACAUUUCGGACACCUGUAAGGGCGCCGCGGUUUGUCUGAAACAGGGGGACACGUUUGUCAACUUAGGGUCCGCUCUAUCCGGGGUCUUUGUGACCGAUGAAAACGGUGACGUGAUCUUGGAGUACCAAAAUCUUCAGGACGAGACAAAGACGACGAAAGUGACCUUGACCUGUGACCCCUCUGCCCGCGUGGAACCUGUGUUUGAAAAUCCGUCGUUGAGUGAGAGCCACCUGUCUGUCACCAUGAAGAGUGUGUGCGCAUGCGCUGGGUCCUGUAUGUUCCCAGCCCGCACGUGUACAGCUGACGACACCUGCAGCUGUAAGCUGAGUGACGGCUCAGGGACGAUCAGCCUGCAUGCCCUGGACAACCCGGCAGCCGCCUUCAAGGACGUGGCCACAACGUCAGGGGUGGAGUACACGUUUUACUACAACCCCUGUAGUGGCCUUACAGUAGGUUUGGAGGCGUGUAUGAACGUGUCGGGCUGUGCAUAUAACCACGUAGCGCAGCGGUACACGGCACUGGGCACCGUUCAACCUGACGCCUUCACACUGGACGAUGGGAGACUCAUUAUCGCUUACUCAGAUAAACAGAGCGGUACGUCCUACAACUUGACCCUCGUGUGUGACAUCACGGCUACCAACCCGAAGUUCGCCUUCACCGGCAGUCGUCUGCAGAACAGCUACGAUUUCAUGCUGACAACGAAAUGCGCAUGUGCGGACGAGUGCGCGACCAACGGUCUGAAGUGACUUUCGAGUUCUGACGUCCAAUGCCAGUUGACGGUGGAU